AUGAGCAACGUUAAUAAGACGGGCAGACCGUCAUUAUCGUCGGUCAUUAGCAAACCGAUAUCGAAUAAACCCACUAUUAAAUCCAAUGUAACACAAACAACCAAAUCUACAAAUGCAUACAAUUCACAAACCACUCUACUCAGUCGUACAAAGAUACCCAUAACCACUACUUCCGCCACCUCACCCCACUCUCCUAUUACGACUACACCAACACUUCUGCCAUCAACGUCUACCGCGACCAGCGAUAUCAACAAUCAAGUAAUUACUACCAACACCACAACACAUAACACAAACCGUAAUUAUGCGUCCGCGGCAUCUAAUGAAAACUAUCCCAGUAGAGAACAAGCACUUGUGUUUAAUUCUAUAGACGGAAUACCUCAAAGAGACUACAUUGUCGCCAUAGGUAAAAUAAUCUCGCCAAAGAACAUUGUAUUCGUUUCCCGCAUAUCUAACAACCGUUUUUGCAUUUUUCUCUCAAGCAAGCAAAUACUUGACUCACUCUUAGAAGCCACUCAAACAAUUACAAUUAACGACCAGAUAAUACAUAUACGCAGACUCAUAAAUCCAGCCAAGAGGAUUGUCAUUUCUAACGUCUGCCCUUCUAUCCCCAACCACGUCAUACUCGAUGCGCUCAAAAAAAUCAAUGUUAUCCCUGUAUCCGAAAUUGCAUACCUCAAAGCAGGUAUCAACAUUGAGGGAUAUGAACACAUAUUAAGCUUCCGCCGCCAAAUGUUCAUUAAACACGAAGAAUCUCCAAACCUUCCCGGAUCUCUACCACUACUAUAUAAUCAAACUGAAUAUAGAAUAUUCUUCACCAACGAUAGAAUCACCUGCUUUUUAUGCAAAUCCACUGGCCACACCUCUAACAAUUGCAAGAAAAUUAAUGUCAAUCCCCAAACCGCUACUCCACCCACACAACCUGAACUUGUGGAAGAACCGACUAUGGAAGAACCCAGCUUAUAUCCUCAUACUAGCAUAAGUACUCCAGAAAUAAAUAUACCCUCCCCAUCCCCCAAAAAAAAUCCUAAUACAUCACACAUGCCCCUCCAAACAAUGGAAGGAAUCUCAGAAGACCAUCAAACCAAUGAUACAUCUCAGUCCCCCUCCCACAACCAUGCCGAAAAAACCGAGAUAAACUUCAAUGCAUCUUGUGAACCACAUAAAAGACACCUCUCCGAAAACUCAUCUACAACAUUACCUACUUCUCCCCCUAAGGCAAACUUAAACGCCGACAGAAGCAGGAAUAUCACCAAAAAAGCUAAAGUAGAUAGAUCCCGUUCCAAUUCCUUAUCUAAGACAGCCGACAAAAUAUCCGAUGGGCUCAAACCAGCAGAGGACAUCUUCUCCAAUGAAUCCCCCAUUUCGUUACACCAAUUCAAAUACGUUCUGGAGAACUUUACCAACAAAAAACUUAACAUCCACAAUAUCUGUAAAGACAUCAACUCGGAUAUUACAUCGCUUAUGCUCUUGAUCGAUUCAAUACGACCUAAAGUCACUGAUCGUACCACCAAAUCUCAUCUCACCGAACUGGCCCACCUUUUAUUCCAGUCACUUCCACCACUUCAAGACAAUUAA